AUGGUUAAUGAUGCAUUCGGGAAUUUUGUAAAUAAUCAUGAGAAUAUGCGACUUGAAUCAAGCCACAUGAUGCCUGAUGAAAUUGCUCAGUAUAUGAAGUUUAUGCAUGAGGGACAACAAAGUUUGUAUGAAGGAUGUGACAAAUAUUCUAAACUUUCUUUCUUGCUCAAAUUGUACCAUAUCAAAUGUCUAUGCAGAAUGACUGACAAAGCAAUGUCAAUGAUACUGGAGUUGUUAGCAGAUGCUUUUGAUUAUGCUAAAAUCCCAUCUUCAUUCUAUGAAGCUAAGAAAAUCAUUAAUAAGCUUGGCCUUCAUUACACCAAAAUUGAUGCUUGCCCAAAUGAUUGCAUGUUAUACUAUGGAGAAGAUAAAGAUAGGGAAUUUUGUAUGAAAUGCAAUGAAUCUAGAUGGAAGAAAACAAAGAAGAGCAAUAGUAUUGUUGGUGUUACUAAAAGACAAAAGAAAGUUCCAGCUAAAGUUUUGAGGUAUUUUCCAUUGAAGCCACGCUUACAACGAAUGUUUAUGUCUUCUAAAAUAGCUGAGCAUAUGCAAUGGCAUGCAUCAAGAAGUACACAUGAAGGCAUAUUAAGGCAUCCAAGUGAUUCUGAAGCAUGGAAGAACUUUGAUCUAAUGAAUCCUCAAUUUGCUUCAGACCCUCGAAAUGUCAGACUUGGUUUGGCUACUGAUGGGUUCAAUCCAUUUGGUGAUUUGAGUACAUGUCAUAGCACUUGGCCUAUUGUACUUAUACCUUACAAUCUUCCUCCUUGGAUGUGUAUGAAGCAAAGUUCGUUCAUUCUUUCCAUGAUCAUUCCUGGUAAAAGAGCACCAGGAAAUGAUAUUGAUGUAUAUUUAAGGCCAUUAAUAGAAGAAUUAAAAGAGCUAUGGAACACUGGGAUUGAAACUUUUGAUUCACAUAAGAAAGAAGUGUUUCAUAUGCAUGCAGCUAUAUUAUGGACUAUUAGUGAUUUUCCCGGUCUUGGAACCUUAUCUGGGUGGAACACACAUACUGGGUUGGCUUGCCCUAGGUGUAAUUUUGACACAACUCCUAAGAAGAUUCAGGGGCACAAAUUUAGAUUAUGCCGCAAUCGUUUUGAUGGAAGUGUGGAAACUAGAAAUCCUCCUUUGAGAAUAUCAGGAACAAAUGUCUUACAACAAAUUCAGAAUCUUAAUAUUGUAUUUGGGAAAGAACCAGAAAUUGAUGAACGGGGGAAAAGACAACGGAAAGGUCACCACCCUAUUGAUGGCCCUCUACAAUGGAGAAAAAAGAGUAUAUUUUUUGAACUUCCUUAUUGGGUGAACAAUUUAUUGCACCACAAUCUAGAUGUUAUGCACAUUGAAAAAAAUGUAUGUGAUAAUGUAGUCUAUACAUUGUUGAACCAAGGUAAAAAGUCAAAGGACAACCUAAAGGCACGAAAUGACUUAAAAGAUUGGGGUGUUAGACCUGAUCUUUGGCCUGAUGCAAAUAACAGAUAUCUUCCGGCUAUAUAUACAUUGACAAAAGAAAAUAAACAUAUAUUUCUGAAAACAUUGAAGAACAUCACUGUUCCAGAUGGCUACUCAAGUAACAUUAGUAGAUGUGUUGAUGUCAAACAAUCUAAGCUUGCAGGAUUGAAAAGUCAUGAUUCUCAUGUUUUAAUGGAGCAACUUUUACCUUUGGCAAUGAGGAAGACGCUCCCUAAAGAAGUGUGCUCUGUUUUAAUUGAUCUGUGUUCCUUUUUUAAGCACUUAUGCAAUAAAGUUUUAAAAGUGGAUGAACUUAACCAAUUGCAAAAUAGAGUUGUUCUUACAUUAUGUCACAUGGAGAUGUUGUUUCCUCCUGCAUUUUUUACAGUCAUGGUUCAUUUGAUUGUGCAUUUGGUGGAAGAUGCCAAGAUUGGAGGACCUGUCCAAUAUAGGUGGAUGUAUCCCAUUGAGAGAUAUUUGGGAAAAUUGAAGUCUUAUGUGCGCAACAAGGCUCAACCAGAAGGCUCAAUAACUGAAGGCUACCUAGCUGAAGAGUCCUUAACCUUUUGUUCUAGAUAUUUAGAUGGAAUUGAGACUAUAUUUAAUCGAAUAAGGCGUGUUGAUGACGAACCUGACACCAUGGCAUCUAGUGUAAGUGGUUUGUUUCCACCAGUUGGAAAACCAGUUGGGGGUUUCACUUACUUCUCUUUAUCAACAAAGGAAAAGUUACAAGCACAUCGUCAUAUAAAGAAUGACUUAAAUGGACCUUACUCAGAUGAUUUAAAGUUCUUAGCUAUGGGCCCAAUUGAUUGUGCAAAACGCUACAAUGCUUACAAUGUUAAUGGCUUCAAGUUUCGUACGUUAGAGAGAGAUCAUGGACUUAAAACACAAAAUAGUGGAAUAUUUGGUACUUUUGGGACAAGGAGCUAUGCAAGUAGCAUUGACAAUCAAAUGCAAUUUGGGGAUGUGCCUUAUUAUGGAAAAUUGGUAGAUAUAAUUGAGAUCAACUAUAAUGGUCGAUUCUCUGUUACUUUGUUCAAAUGUAUGUGGGCUGAUACAACUACUUCUAGAGGGAUUAUAACAGAUGACUUGGGAUUUAGAUUAGUAAACUUUACACGUUUAAUACACAUUGGUGAUAAUGAUGAUGACGAACCAUACAUUCAGGCUGCAGAAGCUCAAAUGGUUUAUUAUGUAGUGGAUGAAUCAGAUAAAAAUUGGAGCAUUCCUGUGCAUCUAAAGCCACGAGACUUAUAUGACAUUGGUGGAGAUAAUGAUGUCACUUUCCAUGAAUGUGAACCAUUUGAACAACAAAAUUUGGAAACUUUAUUUCCAGAUGGAGAAGGGAAUAUACCAUUAACAAGGUCAUAG